AUGGACAAAGAGCUGUGCCUUCGCACUGGAUCCCCUCCACUGCUAGCAUAUAAUCAUUGUGACCUAGCAAUCCCCGACAAUCUUCUGUUCAGUCAAAGUACAAGCCUAGGCUACCCGGAAAUCUGUUUCUCGGCUAUGGUGCAACUCAGUGUCAUACAGGGUCGCAUCUACGACCAGCUUUACACUCCAUCGGCCCACCAGCUGGUGGAAGCAGAUGUUCUGCGCAAUAUUCGCGCCUUAGACGAGCAAUUAGAGAAGUGGCGACUAUCGCUUCCUGUAACGAUUCGCCCAACAACAUCUACCAUAACUACCGCCAAUGACGUCAAAUCAAAUGAGUACUUGAUGCUUUUUCAGAUACAGUGGCAUUACUGGAUGAUAAUGAUUCAUCAGGCCAGCAGCCGCUGUGUCACGUGGAAAAGUUCACACGCCAAUGGGCUCAAUUCGAGCUUGAGAAUAACUGUGCAAUUCGCCCGUUCUUUGUUGCAGAAAUUUUCUGAUGCGCAGCUUUAUGUACAAAAGAGCGGCUUUCGGUGA